AUGCACUCACUGGACGGACGGUGGACUAACAGCCUGCAACCUCCGACCCUCCAGCGGAUCUUUGACGGUCUUGGCAACAAGCCCCAAGGCGCCAAUCACAGUCAGGCCUUCACUCCGGGGACCACUAAAGUUUAUGACGAGGACAUACAAUUUGAUCGAGAGCUUUCGCGACAAUCUCCAAUUCCCCUUACGAGCCGACGACGCAGGGAGACAGACUAUCGCCAGCUCCCGUCUCGCUUCCUUCUCUUUGAAUCGAGCGUGUCCGUUGCCAGUUCAGCCAUCAUGGCGACCCCUGCGAGAAGCGCCAUCUACAAGCACUACCAGCGCGCCCUCGCCCGCUGGCCCAAAGACCCCCUGCGUCCGGAGAUCCAGUUCCAAGAUGUCCUUGCCAAGAGGCUGGAGAAGUCCUUUGCGGCGUCGGCCGCCGUCAACGAGCAGAAGGAGCUCAAGCAGCUCAACGCGCUGUACACCCUCCUCGAUGACCGGUACAAGACCAAGUAUCGCAUCACCGGAUCCCUUCUCGAACCCAAGAGCAACCCGACCUACUACACCGAUCUCAUGACCGAGCUCGAAGAAGCGCCCAAGAGGAGCUGGUUGGGCCGCAUCGGAAAGCGGCUAGGAGGACUGAUCCGGAUCACGAGGUAG